AUGCUAAAGGGCAAUUCUAAAAAGGACGCCCGUCUUACUCUUUCAGCUGAAGCAUUGUCUGCCUUUGAGUUAGUUAAAAAGGAACUAGCUUCAGUUCCUGUUCUAGCACAUCUGGCUCCUGAUGCUCCACUUACUUUAUCUGAGGACGCAUCAGAUUCUGCAGUUGGCGCUGUCUUGCAGCACACCGUAGAUGGUGAAACUAAACCUUUGGCUUUCUUUUCUUGCCAGCUAAAGCCUGCUGAACGCAGAUAUAGUACUUUUGAUCGAGAGUUACUAGCGAUCUAUCUGUCAGUUCGACAUUUUCAGCACCAGCUCAAGGGACGAGAGUUUGUGAUUUAUACUGAUCACAAGCCCCUUAUGUUUGCACUAUCCUCUAAAACGGAUAAACUCUUCCCUCGUACUUUCCGUCACCUGGAUUAUAUUUCUCAGUUUACAAGUGACAUUCGACAUGAUCAACCACCUUCAGCGGAGUUGAAUUUAACUUCGCCCAAGUUUAUCAAUUGUAAGUUUGCCUACCGUCUGCUCCCUUCAGCAGAACGCUCUAUUCUUUGUGACGUCUCCACCGGUUCUCCUAGGCCGUUAGUACCUGAGAAACAUCAACGUUCUGUUUUUGAUGAUCAUCCGGGUAUCUCUGCCACAGUAAAGCUUGUUACAGCUCGGUUCUUCUGGCCCAAUAUGCGACGAUCAAUUACCUCUUGGGCACGCUCUUGUUUGAGGUGCCAGAGUGCUAAAGUCCAUAGACACGUCCGUGCUCCACUUGGACAGUUUUCUUCUCCUGAGGCCCGUUUUCACCAUGUCCACCUUGAUUUGGUUGGACCAUGGCCUGUGAGUCGCGGUUUCUCAUAUAUUUUAACUUGUAUCGAUCGUUUCUCACGUUGGCUGGAAGCUAUUCCUAUAGCAGACAUUUCUGCUGAAACUGUUGCGAAAGCUUUCGUGUCUAACUGGAUUUCUAGGUUCGGUGUACCGUCCAGUUUAACCACAGAUCGUGGUCGAUAA